GAGCGGGUCUCCGGCAGUGGAGAAGAGCUGGAAUCGGAAGAGGGGCAGGCGGGCCCGGCCGCUCGGAGUGUGUUUGGCAGGUGUUCCCUCCAAAGCCUCUGCAUAAAGCUGCUACAGUUUUUUCGGCGAUGCACAGAUCUGACAGGCUCAAAGGAUAAGCCUUUAAAAGCCUGCGACUGAUAGCUUGGAGAGCUUGUAAGGCUCUGCAGAUUCCAUCUUAUCCAAGAAAGGUGUUUGUGCGGCUGAGGGGGCUUCAGCAGGAUGGAAAUAGAUUCCUGUUUUCGCUACUACUUCCAGCACCCGUGGUCGCGUCUCAUCGUGGCCUACCUCGUCACCUUCUUCAACUUCCUCAUCUUCGCCGAGGACCCCAUCUCCCACAGCCAGACGCAAGCUCACAUGAUUGUGGUGGGCAACUGCUUCUCCUUCCUGUUCAACAAGUACCCGGGCCUCGGGUGGAACAUCCUGAAAGUAAUGUGCUGGAUCCUGGCCAUUAUCACUGGUCUGUUAGCCGGGAAGUUUAUAUUCCACCGCCAGCUCUUUGGUCGAUACCUGCGCCUGAAAAUGUUCCGUGAGGAUCAUGGCUCCUGGAUGACCAUGUUCUUCAGCACCAUCCUCUUCCUCUUCAUCUUCUCACACAUCUACAACCUCUUCCUGCUGAUGGCUGGAAGCAUGGAGCCUCACAUGGUUACAGAAUAUAUGGGCAUCAGGAAUGAGAGCUUUAUGAAGAUUGCUGCAGUGGGGACGUGGAUGGGAGAUUUUGUUACAGCCUGGAUGGUGACGGAUAUGAUGCUUCAGGAUCAACACUACCCAGAUUGGGGCAAAGCUGCAAGAAGGUUCUGGAAACGUGGCAACAAUCGAAUCGUCCUCUUCUGGACGGUGCUCAUCUCUUUGACCUCGGUGGUGGUCCUGGUCAUCAGCACCGACUGGAUCAGCUGGGACAACCUCAACCGCGGCUUCCUGCCCAGCGACGAGGUCUCCAGAGCCUUCCUGGCCUCCUUCAUCUUGGUCUUCGACCUUCUCAUUGUUAUGCAGGACUGGGAGUUUCCUCACUUCAUGGGUGACCUGGAUAUGAAUUUACCUGGAAUGUCAACAACACAUGUGAAGGUCAAGCUUCCUGUCUGCAAGCGGGUCUUUAAGGAGGAGUACCACAUUCACAUCACAGGCAAGUGGUUCAACUAUGGUAUCAUCUUCCUAGUGCUUAUAUUGGACUUAAACAUGUGGAAGAACCAGAUUUUCUACAAGCCCUAUGAGUACGGUCAGUAUGUUGGGCCAGGAGAAAAGAUCUACACAGUGGAAGAGCCAGAAACGCUCAGAGACUUCAACCACAGCACGCUCACCUAUGAGUGGCGCUCCACCAACAUCAACCCGAGCACCAACAAGACGUACGUGGAGCGGGACAUGUUCCUCCACAGCCGUUACACCGGGGCCAGUUUGGACAUCAAGUGCCUGGCCUUCAUCCCAAGUCUGGCGGCGUUUGUCCUCUUCGGCUUCUUCGUCUGGCUGUUUGGACGCUUUCAGGACAGCGAGACGUUCACCGAAAGCCAAGACAAGGCGUAUGAGAGGAUAAAGAGGAAAUCGCCUUCAGAGUACAGCAAGGAGAUGGGAGCGACCCCGGAGGACACGCACCUGACCAUGAGCGAUAGCCUGAAGCGGUCGGGAAUGCCGAUGCUCCUGGCGGUGGACGGGCCGCACUUCGGAGCGACGCCUUCUACGAACUCGACCAUCUCGAUGGACACCCAGGAGACGCACCCGAGCAUUGUGAUAGACAACGCGGUGCAAGACGAGCCCGUUGUGUCGUUUGACGUCCGCAGACUCUCGCCGUGAACGCAUCAACUUUCUGACUGCGGCAAAGCAGAAAGAAUUUACCCAGACUUCAGAUUGUUACAGGUUUUCUUACCCGCUAAACGUCUCACACACACACACCCACACCCCCACGCACGCACGCACACACACACACACACACACACACACACACACACACACACACACACAUUACAUUAGCAAAGCCGUGUGUCUUUCAUUGGGGUUUUAUGUGACAGACCAAUACAACGUAGUGUGAAGAUGAGGAGUAAGAAUCUUUUUCAAAUAAUCAUUUGGAAAUUGUUUCCUCCAUUUGCAUUUAGCCCCUCUGAGGCAAUAUUUCAUUUAAUCAGAUAAUACAAAGAGUGUCUGUGAACAUCAACUUUCACGUCUUACCCCUGAUUCUCAAUUGGAUUUGAGCUUGGACUUUGACUAGGUCGCUAUGACACGUGAAAAUGUUUUGAUCCGAACCAUUCAGACAGACCAGUCUGCAUGGUUUGGGUUGUUAUUUGCUGCCACUUGUAGCAUUUUGUACGUGGUCCAAAAAUCCAGUUUUAAUCUUAAAUGAUCGGAAUAUCUUCUUCUUUCACGUUUGCUUUGUCUCCUACUGUAAACAAAACUCCUCAUUACUUUAUUUCAGCAGUGAAAUAAACUCUCUCCAUAGUGCAUAACUAAUGCCAUCAUAUCAACACUUUCACUUGACCUUUGAACCUCUCCUGGCCGCCUCUCUCCUGUUCAGGUGGACACCCGUAGGUAAUUUGUGGCAUAAUUGUGACUUUACUGAUGGUAGUUAUUUAUUAAUAAACUCUAUCUGAUUUUUUUAUUAUUGUUAUUGGUAUCAGAAUAAAGGGGCAGAAUAUAAAUGCAAAAAUUUUAAAUUGCAAAAUAAAUUUUAAAAAUCUUAAGUUUUUCCCUUAAUAGUUAUACUUUACUUUGUUUUCGUCCUCAUAUAAAAUCCAAUUAAGACACAUACAAAUUUGUGUAAAAAUGUAAUAUAUAUAUAUAUGUCAAAGGAUGCUUCUGCUGAGCAGUAUACAGAGUACAUGUGCUCGGGUAAGUGACAUUAAGAGAGCAGGUUGUGUGGUUUUGAUAUAUUUUUUCUAAGAUAUCCUCUGAAAAAGCCUCCAUAUUGGCACCGGUUCUGAUGCAACUAGCCUAAUGUGAAGCAGAUCUUUUUAAAACAGACGGCAAACUUUUAAUUGACACGGUGCUGGCUUGGAUUUUCAUAAUUUACUUUAGUCACGGUUAAACUAAUGGGUGCCUAUAUCCGAGGAGUGUUUCUGCUUCUGCAAUUCAGAGUUGGAGCAGUAUUACAGCUACAAUCGUGCCUUGAUAUUUCAUAUGUUUAUAUACCAACAGCCUACUGCUACGGAAGAUGUCCUAAUUAUGGUCUGCCUGACUGAUCCCUGCUGUAUAUCCUCAUAUCAAACCAACAAUUGUUACCUCUUUUGGUCCUCGGCUCGUGCCGUUUUUAAUUUAUUCUCUUAUGUUGCUUUUAAUCCGUUUCAAACGUAUGUCUCUUGUCGAAAUGGCGCGAUUAUCAGCAUCAAUCUACGUUGAUGACCUUUUCAUAUCCCCUCACUCGAUAUUAGGCUCGAAGAUAAUAAAUGCAAUCAGCAGAGAUGAAAUAGCAAAGCAACAAGCCACUCGAUGAUUGCAAAUGCGGCUCCCGCUCCUUUCUCUGAAUAUCAACCGAGUCGGGAGGUUGGUUUUGCCCUUGGCAUAAACAUGCUAUUGAAGCGGAGGGGUAUCUCUCUUUCUUUUUUUUUCUUCUUCUUCUUUCUUUAAAGCUCAGGGCUUCUUUAUGUCUAAAUAAUCUUUGAAGGUUUUGGAAGUGGGUUUCUGCAGGUAUAUAUUUUUUGAAUAUUAUUCAGUUUGCACAUCAUUCGGCUGCUCUGAACUCAUUCUGUAGCUGCAGUAAAGACCUCUUUCUCUGAAUUUUCAUGUCCUACGUUAUUGCUUUGUAAUGUAGAUCUGUGGGAGUUGGUCCAAAAGUGUGCCCUUAGACAUCAUUUUUUUUCUUUAAAGUGCAAAUAUGAAUUAAAUUAUUAAUGAGUUACAGAUAUAUAUAUAUAUAAAUAUAUAUUUUAUUUUUUGCAUGUGUGCUAAAACAUUUCAACAAGUACUUUGCGACCAAAGAUUCCAGAUAAUCCGGCGUUUUAACCCUGCCAGAGAUGGAGUUGAUUCUCUUGGAAAGAAAAGGCCAAAUACACACAAUGGCUUAAAGCUCUGCUCAAAAUGUGUUUAAUCAAGCAAACAAACAAAGUAGUAAAAAUUUGUGUUUUUGCAAAACACACCCAAAUAAUAAUAAAAAAAAAAGCCAAUGAUUUUAUUCAGUUUUAUUAGGUAAAAGUGGUUUUAAAAGUAUUACAUUAACUGAAUGUAUUCAUUUAGUACAUCCAGUUAGAUGAUGUGUAACGUGCUUCAUUUCUGUUUGUAAUAAGAUGUUGUUUUUUUUCUACUGAAAGGUUAUUACACGGAGUACUAUGACAGUAUAUACUGGUGAGGCGCUCCAUACUGGAGUUUAUUACAUCUGAGGUUCCUUUUUGUGUUGAUGUUUAAUCGAGCGCGCCGUGUCUGUGGACGCCCGUUUUUGACGGAGGCCAUUCUGUGAAGAGGUCCGUUUUAUUUAGCAUAAUUGCUUUGCAGCUCUUCAUUCUGUAAUUCUUUUUAUUUUAUUAUUAUUAUUUUUUACAGUAGAAUCCACAAAUCACAUUGUAGCAUUUAACUAAAAAAAGGUGAAACCGUUUUUUUUUUUUUUUUUUUGCUGGACUUUUCAGGUGUUCUUGAUUUGUUGCUUUCUUUGUGUUUUGUUUCAAUAACUGGACCUUUCCUUGCUUUUGCUGUGUUGUAAAUCUGUCCAAUCCUGUGCUGCCAAUAAAUCAACCGUUUUCUGUU